CUUGAUUUUGACUUUUGACGUUUUCCAACUGAUAGAACUGAUAACCGUAGUUUGUUUUGAUAAGGUUUAAAUUCCUUUGUUUAAUUAUUUUGAAAUUUAUAUUCAAUGCUAUUAUAGUGACGAUGGAAGACGCUGGUACAGAUCAAGUAGGUAAUGGUUUGCGGAAUAUAGAAGUCGAAGACUCUUUUCAAGAUGCUGAGGAUGGCCAAUGCCUCGGGCACAUGGGGAAUGGCAAAUCUGAUGAAAGAGAUGCCCUGGGAAGAGCUGGAAACUCUUCUGGAGAAAAAUAUGCAAGAAUGCCAGUGCACAAAUAUUCUUCCCACUACAACAUGGAACAUCCUAAAAGAGGCUUGGCCCUCAUUUUCAACCAUGAAGUGUUCGAAUGUGGUAAUUUGAAGCCAAGAAAUGGUACUAACGAAGACUGCAAAAACCUCAAAGAGUGCCUUAUUGUUUUGGGAUUUGAUGUGCAUGUUUUCAAGGAUUUAAAUUAUAGGGAUAUUGAACAACACGUUCGUGAAACUGCCCAAGCUGAUCACAAUAAGCAUGAUUGUCUACUAAUUUCUGUCCUUUCCCAUGGUGAAAUGGGAAUAAUAUAUGCAAAAGAUACACCAUAUAAGCCUGACAAUCUAUGGGCAUCUUUUACUGCAGAUCGGUGCCCCAGUCUUGCAGGAAAACCAAAAAUAUUUUUCUUGCAAGCUUGCCAAGGUGAUAAAUUAGAUGGUGGGGUGAGUUUGUCGAGAACUGAAACCGAUGGAGAAAUUCACAAUACAUAUAAAAUCCCAGUUCAAGCUGACUUCCUUAUAGUGUAUUCAACAGUAAAAGGUUAUUACUCAUGGCGUAAUACCACUAAAGGCUCCUGGUUCAUCCAAUCGCUGUGCGACGAACUGAAGAAGAGAGCUCUUGAGCUGGACCUCGUCACCAUCCUGACCUUCGUCUCUCAACGUGUCGCCUUAGACUUCGAAAGCAACGUUCCAGACAACAUGACCAUGCACCGCCAAAAGCAGAUACCCUGUGUGGUGAGCAUGCUCACUAGAUUGAUCCAGUUUAACCUUAAGAUUUAGGAAUAUUAUUGCCAGCUUGUGGAUAAGUUUUUUUCGGAUAUAUACAUUAAGUAAUUCUGUAAAACUCAACAAAAAACAUCGCCUUAGUUCAUAUUUUAAGUAUAUCUUCAAACUUUGAAGUUUUUCUUCAUAGUCCAUUCACUCACGGUAAGAUAUUGCCAAACCUCCGGAUUUUAAAGAACCGCUUGAAUUGGCGUGAAAUUUGGUAUACACAUAGCUAACACGUCAAAGAAGAAAGUGAUAUUGUGUCGAUCUGUGCUUUUUCCCUGGGGUAUCACCUCCUUCUAGGGGGUCAAAACAAAGUAAGUCCUGGAGUGGAUAGAGUGACUAAUUCCACGCAAUUUUUAUUCUAUAAAAUUUUUUCACUAAAUCAAUACUUUUCUAGUUAUUUGCGAUUGAAAAUAUUUCUUUUUAAACAAAAAACCAAGUUUUUAGACGGUUUUUCACAAAUAACACACAAAAGAUAACUGUUAUAUCAAAAAAAUAAGCAAACUUAUUUUAAAUAAAUUUUAAGUAAGAACCAAAAAUGAACUCAGCACAACUUAAAAAAGGUUUAUUUUUGUUUUUUAAAAAGUAUCUAGCAUCAAAAGUAAGUAAGUUGGUACUCUCAAAAUAAAGUUGGUGCCUUUUUUUGUGAAAAAAAAAA